AAAGAAACUACUCAUGGCUAUUCUCUUUACACCUCCACUACAAUGUAGAACCUUCUCUCCUUCUGUAUCCAACAAACACGUCCCCGGAGAAUUCACUUCCUCUCCUCACUCCGUAAAGUUGAAAACUUCCGGCGCCGAGAACUGGUGUUCCCGUUUCCGGUCAAGAUCUCUCAGCUUGGUCUUCUCUGGAGCUCUAGCUCUCGGUUUAUCUCUAUCCGGCGUUGGAAUUGCAGAAGCGGCGAAAGAGGGAGUUAACAAACCAGAACUGCUUCCAAAAGAGUUCACUUCUGUCAUAGAUGUUGCUGGUUUCCUCUCCGAUGGCCAGGAGAAGAGAAUUGCUGAAGAAAUAUCUGAUCUUGAGAAAGAUACAGGGUUUAAGUUGAGAGUCUUGGCUCAAAACUAUCCUGUUACACCUGGACUAGCUAUCAAGGAUUACUGGAAAGUUGAUGAUAGCACAAUUGUGUUUGUUGCUGAUCCCACUUUUGGGAACAUAUUGAAUUUCAAUGUUGGGGCUAGUGUUGAUUUGGACAUACCUCGUAGUUUCUGGAGUCGUUUAGCUGGGAAAUACGGCAACAUGUUUUACUGGAAAGAAAAGGGUGAAGAUGCAUCCAUUGAAGCUGCAGUUAUGGCAAUAUCAAGUUGCUUACGAGAACCCGUUGGUGCAAAUAACUGUGCAGAGAUUUACUGAAGUAUAAACAUCGAAUCCUACAUGUGAUAUAAUCAGAGUAUAGAUGAUGAAUCUGACAUCAACGCGUAUGUAAUUUUUGUACUUUUGUUAUCGUACUGUAUUGGUUUGUUGGUCGACACUCGAGAGUGUUAAAAGCAACAACUUUAGGGAUCAUUUGUCAAGACUCAAGAGUGUCGAGUGUUAAAGAAAAUAUCCCAAAUC